AUGGGUCGUAUGCACGCACCUGGUAAGGGUAUUUCCCAGUCGGCGCUGCCAUACCGUCGCAGUGUCCCAACAUGGUUAAAACUGACCGCAGAUGAUGUAAAGGAACAGAUUUUCAAACUGGCCAAGAAAGGCCUCACUCCCUCCCAAAUCGGUGUCAUGCUUAGGGAUUCCCAUGGUGUCGCACAAGUCAGAUUUGUCACUGGCAAAAAGAUCCUCCGUAUUAUGAAGGCUAUGGGACUCGCCCCUGACCUACCUGAGGACCUGUACUACCUGAUCAAGAAGGCCGUCGCCAUGAGGAAGCACUUAGAGCGCAACAGGAAGGACAAGGACAGCAAAUUCAGGCUGAUUCUUGUCGAAUCCAGGAUCCACAGAUUAGCUCGCUACUACAAGACAAAGAGCGUGCUCCCGCCUAACUGGAAGUAUGAAUCAAGCACCGCUUCCGCUCUGGUGGCCUAA